CUGUGAGGGAGCCUCAAGUCUCUCCCAUGGUCUGUGAAAGCGAAAAUAAUGUUUGAACUUCUACUCGGUGUACCGCUGAUCGUGCUCCUUUGCUGUGUCCUGCUGCGGCGUCUCAACCGAAAGUACUUCGUCCUGAGCCUAUGCAAACGAUUGCAAGCCGAGGAUGGCAGUCCUCUGGAGAGUAAGAUAGCCGUCAUGCCGGGCCGGACUCGGUUCGGCAACAACUUUGAUCUGCUCAACUUUACGCCGUCCACCGUCUUUAAUUUUAUGCGCGACUCGUGUGCCAAUGCCCGGGGACGGAACUAUCUGUGGUACUUCUUUGGUUCGCCCAUGUACAAUGUCAUUCGAGCCGAGGAGGCCGAGGAGAUAUUCCAGAGCACCAAGCUAUUGACAAAGAACGUUGUUUAUGAUCUGCUAAGACCGUUCCUUGGCGAGGGUCUGCUCACCAGCACAGAUCAAAAAUGGCACGCCAGGCGCAAGGCUUUGACUCCAGCCUUUCAUUUCAAUGUUCUACAGUCCUUUCUGGCCAUUUUCAAGGAAGAGUGCCACAAGCUGGUCAAAGUGCUGCAUGAGAGUGUGGAAAGCGAGGCGCUGGUACUGAAUCAGGUCAUUCCGCAGUUUACUUUGAAUAAUAUUUGCGAGACGGCCCUAGGCGUCAAGCUGGAUGAUAUGGCUGAGGGUUUCCAAUACCGCGAAUCGAUCCACGCCAUCGAAGCAGUCAUCCUGCAACGCAUUUGCAACCCUUUUCUGUACAACAGUUUGUACUUCUAUCUUUACGGCGACUAUCGGAAGCACAUAGAUAGUCUUAAGAUAGCCCACGACUUCUCGAGCAGCAUCAUCGAGCGUAGACGGAGAGAUUUCAAGCGCAAGGAACUCGGAGGCGUGGAUGAUUUUGGGAAGAAGCAGCGGUACGCCAUGCUGGACACCCUCCUGGCGGCUGAGGCGGAUGGCCAGAUCGAUCAUCAGGGCAUCUGCGAUGAGGUGAACACCUUCAUGUUCGAGGGCUACGACACCACCUCCACGUGCCUCAUCUUCACUCUCCUGAUGCUGGCCCUCCACGAAGAUGUUCAGGAGAGGUGUCUGGAGGAGGUGUCAGCACUCCCCGAGGACACGGACUCCAUCAGUGUGUUUCAGUUCAAUGAACUGGUAUUCCUCGAGUGCGUGAUCAAGGAAUCCCUGCGCAUGUUCCCUUCGGUUCCCUUCAUUGGUCGUCAAUGUACGGAGGAGUGUGUCGUGAAUGGACUGGUAAUGCCGAGGGAUACCCAUAUCAACAUCCACAUAUACGACAUCAUGAGGGAUCCGCGUCACUUUCCGAACCCAAAUGCGUUCCAACCAGAACGAUUCCUACCCGAAAACACAGUGGAUCGUCAUCCCUUUGCCUUUGUGCCCUUCAGUGCCGGACAGAGGAACUGCAUUGGACAGAAGUUUGCCAUUUUGGAGAUCAAAGUACUCCUGGCCGCUGUUUUAAGGAACUUUAAGAUUCUGCCAGUCACACGAUUCGAGGAUCUCACAAUCGAGAAUGGCAUAGUGUUAAGGACACAGCAGAAGGUGAAAGUGAAAUUGGUACAACGGGUGGGAUGAAAUGUUGUUGUGAAUAUCCCAUAGAAUCGAUCAGGGGAAAGAAUUAUACUCUUACAUACAAAACCA